AUGUCUCACCCGCCAUCUCACAGGGUGGGUGAUAAGAGGAGGUACUAUUAUUAUUCGGGCAAUCCGAGGGCCGGAGGAUUUAAAAAAGGAUAUUCAAAUGGUCCAACUGUCCCACAAUCAGCAGGACCUGGGCCCAUUAAUAGACCUUCGAGAUAUGACCCUCACUCACCAAGGAAGCCGAUAAAUACAAAUAGUUCAUCAGCAACUGUCCCUCCAACAGCAGCACCAGCACCAGUACCAGCACCAGCACCAGCACCAGCACCAACAACAACGAGAGUAGGUAGUCGUUAUAAUCCUGAUGUGGGUACGAGUUCGAGUACGAGUAUGAUGGAUGGGCCAUUGAAUGGUGGUGGAUCAAGAUACUCAGGUUCACGUUAUAAUCCUCAGCCAAGACCGAGAUUAUCAUUAGAUUCGGCAACGACAUCUUCGAAUAUUAAUAGUGCGACUGGUUAUUAUUCUAGAAGCAAUAAAUGGAGAAUGGGUAGCGUGAAUCCAAAUAAAUUAGAUUAUGAUAGCCCCAGUGGUCCAAGUGGUAGUAAUGGGAGGCCGUCAUUUUGGAAAUCGCAAAAGAGGCCAUCAGCUCCAAUUUCAUCUAGGGUAAGUCCGCAUAGCCUGCCGCCACAGGUUCAGUCGUCACGUUCUAACUCUCCAGUGCCUUCACAAGUAGGCCCACCUAUGGAUGUAACAGUGCCUGCAAAUGUACCGCCUCAGUCACAUUCACAACCACAUUCGCAAUCACAUUCGCAACCACAUACACGCUCACCGUCAACAACAGCGGAAGCUGUAGUGACAACUCGUCCGGCACAAGUAAAAGCUGAGACACCAGAAGAAAAAGGGGUACCAAUGCCGGGGCGCUCACCUGCAACAGCACCGGUUCAAACGAAAACACCAGUGCCGACACAAUCGCAUGCACCAGCUCCCGCCCCCAUUCCUGCUUCUGUGCCCUCACAUGCGCCUACUGUAGCACCAGCUUCAUCGGCGGCAGUUACUCGGAGUCCUGCACCAACUGCAUCUUCAACUGCAUCUUCAACAUCAGCUUCAAGUACUGUACCAUCAAAGGUGGAAUCUCCUGCAUCAGCGUCUGCCUCGGCAACUGUUCCGGCUCCUGCACCCGUGCCGGCCCCGGUUCAUACUUCUGCGUCAUCAAAAGUAGAAGCUCCUGCACCAGUGGUUAAGCCAACAAGUACCCCAGAUACACCCACUCCAGUUGUUACUAAGGAUAAGCAAGAAAAGAGUAAGCAGGAGAAAGAUAAGCAAGAGAAAGAUAAGCAGGAGAAGGUCAAGCAAGAAAAGGUCAAGCAAGAAAAGGUCAAGCAAGAAAAGGAUAAGCAAGAAAAGGAUAAGCAAGAAAAGGAUAAAGAAGAAGCGUCAAAAGUCCAAGACAACCCUCAUUCGCUAGGUUCGAGUCUGAUUAACUCAGUACCGCAACAAACGAGGAAACUGGAACAUAGAGAUUCCAAUAGUGAGGAUGAAGAAUCAGAUAAUAAUUAUAAUAAUAAUUAUAAUAAUAACAAGAAUAAUGAAACCGAUAAUAAUAAUAAUAAUAUUGAUAAUAAUAAUGAAGAUAACAAUAAUAAUAGGAGAUCGAGUAGCCUUUGGUCAUUACAAAAGGAAACUACAACAACUAUAUCUGAUACAACCCCAACAUUAGAGCCAGUUUUCAAAGAAAACCUUUAUCGUCAUGAAGAUUACGAGUAUGUUUAUGAUCCACAUGUAUUAAAACAAGAUUUGAAUUCAUUAGAACCUAAACAAGAGAAAAAAUAUGAUGAACCUUUGAGACCCUUGGGAGCUUGUAUUUUUCCUAUGACGAGGGAACAAACACGUCUUUGGGAAUUGAAAAAUCAACCUUGGGAUCAAAUCGUAGCACGACAACAUCAUCGUUUAAAGAAUCCAAUUACGGAUUUGAGAACUUACCCAUUUGUAAGGCAAAACACCAUUAUGCACAAGCAGGCCUUGAAACCAUUGCUUUGCAGUUGUAUCUCUAAAUUGAAAAGAAAUGAAUAUUUGCGGAAACUAAAGUUAAAGAAGGAUGCCCAUAUCGUUGAUGAACAGUGGCAGGAUAAAUGUAAGAAAAUGGAUGCUAUGAGUCAUGAAUUGCGCAAGGAAGAAAUCCAUCGUAAGGAGAGGCAAGAAGUGGAAGCUAGCGAAAGGGAAAGAAAGGAAAAGAGAUUGCAAGAAAGACAAGGAAAACUAUUAGGAUCUUCACGCAGGCGUAAUAGAGCAGAUUUCGUGGAUGAUGCAGAGAUGGAAAACGUUCUUUUACAGAUAGAUCCGGUUUACAAACAUAUUCAAUCUGCAGCCGAAAUUCCACCCAUGAUUAUGAACCCACUACAAAGAAAUGCCUUCAAAUUUAAAGAUGUUAACAAUUUAGUCACGGAUAAAGAUGGUUGGGCAAGACGUAUUAAACAGGAUGGGAAGGAUACUUUUGCGCCACAUGAGCAUGAAUUAUUUGUGGAAGCUUAUUUGUCUUUCCCUAAGAAAUUUCUUAAAAUCUCUAACUACUUGGGUGGUCUAAGAACACCAGAAGAGUGUGUAUUGCAUUACUACAGAACGAAAUCUACGGUUGAUUAUAAAAAAUUGUUGAAUGAGAAGAAUAAAAAGAGACAAAAAUCCAAUGCUAUCAAACGUAAUAGGAAGAGAGAAAGAGCUAGUGAUACGGAUAAUGAAGGCUCUUUGUCGAUGUCUGAACAUGGUGAUAAACGUAAGGAAUCCUCGGUAGACCCAAUGGAAGACGAAGAGGCGAGAUCCAUAAAGCACAUGGAACAAGUAGAAAUAAGAGUACCUCAGAGUCUAUCAACACAAAUCCACGGGUCAUCAUCGUCAUCACCUCAAAUCAAUGGAACUAAGCACCAAUCACCAUCUAAUGACAGUGGAACCAUUUUUAACCCCGAGGAUACUCAGCGGCACAUAGAAUCUCCUAUUACAAAUACUCCUACUAGUUUACAUAAGGCUGAUAAUGGUGAUAACUAUGAACAACAAUUACAGCUACCACAGGAGCCAAUGACGAAAUUGACAGAUGCUUCCAUGGAAAAUGGCGAGUCUGCAGUGGUAAAAGCAUUUACUUCUUCAGCGCCAUUUGAUCAUAGGGGAAGAGGUUCCGAUAUUGCAAAUGAAGAUGGUCAACAAAGAAAAAGGCACAAAACUUCUGGAGAACAUAAAUCUAGCUAUUGGAGUGUCAAGGAGGCAACGCUGUUUCCUGAUCUUUUAAAACAAUACGGAUCCCAAUGGUCCAUGAUUUCAGAAAAACUGGGUACUAAAUCUACCACUAUGGUUAGAAAUUAUUAUCAAAGAAAUGCUGCCCAAUUCGGUUGGAAGCCGUUAGUGGAGGAAGCAGAUUUUAAAAGAAAUGCGACAAGUUCAGGAUCGGUACAACAAUCACAGAUUUUACUUCAAUCAGAACAGGCGCCCUUUACCGUAUCUAACGGAGUACCCUCACAAUUGUGGCCAGCUCUUGGAUUCUUCACUAACAGCAAUGAGAAUGCAGCCAAUACCACUAAUGACAGUAGUAAUCAAGAAUCACCCCCAAUGGGUGCCAUUGGAGAAACUCAACCUACUUCAUUGACUCCCCAGGUAUCGACCGCUGAAACACCUCAACAACCUUUUAGUUCAACGUUUAACAACAAGGAACCACUUUUCCACGAAGCCUCUGCUCCUGCCAAUGGAUUGCCAGCACCUAGAUUGCCUUCCAUUCUACUACCAAUCUCCUCAGAAAAUAGAAAGGAAAAACCAGCUUCCAGUGGUUCUCGAUUGAAGAACCUUCUAAACGAUGAAGGCGAAAGAAAAUUCAAGCCCUCAGGUCCCGAAUUGAAUCGUAUGAAUGAAACUAAUGCACCUCCUUUACCGCCAGCUACUGCUGCUCCUGCUAUUUCUACUGAACAUACCCAAUUGACUAGCGCAGUGCGCCCUCAAAUCAGCAAUUUGGUCGUACAGGAACUUCAAAAAACUGAGUCCACAUUUCCUAAUAACAAUCGCAGGUCGAGCUCAUUGUCACUGUUGUUAAAUCCUGAUAACGAUCGUCCUGUCGCUCGUGCGCCUUUGGCGCCUUUGGCGUCUCAGAAACAGUAUCAGGUCCAAACACCACCGGUCCCUCAGUCACCAUCUACACAACCAUCUUCAAUUAACCACACUAAUCAACAGCAGACACAACAACCACCGCAGCAACAGCAACCAUCGCAGCAGCACAUGGACCCUAGAACCUCAGCACCGGCUCCGAAAAUCAGUUUCGCUAUGGAUCCUUUAGGUGCCCUUGCAGCGGUAGCAUCUGAGUCGUUGCUAGAAACAGACAAGAGCAAUCAGUAG